CGCAGAUAUCACCCUUCCUUCUAGUGAAUUUAACACGACCAGCAAAAGAGUGAUUGGCCACGCUGUCCUGCCAACAAUGCCUGCGGACAAUCUAGCCAGAAUACUAUUCAACCAUAGGGUUAAGCGCCUUCAACCUCUUUGUUAGCGCCUCAAAUGCUGUUGCCUUUUACUGUCAUGAACCUCUUUGAUACUCCGAUCUUUUGGGAGGUUCUUGAUACGGCAACUGGGUGGAGAACAUCGGGAACUCUCCCAGCUUCGAGUCACACUGGUGGCGCUUCAACUAGUCUAGUACUUGCUCAUGGUGGCGACCAAAUUUUGGUGUCUAUGAAUACCCUAUAAACGUGCGGCAUCGCUAAAUAAAUUUGAUCUUCU